CCAGGAUUUCUUCAUCCGCCUGCCAGCGAAGCCCUCCAAAUUUGUGAUCCGGAAUGUACUCUCUUUCCAAAAUGAGUACUCGGAGCUGCUGGACUGCCAGAACGUCUCUGUCAUCGAGUUCUUGGAAUACCUUUUUGGCGCGGCGUUCUAGUCGGAGGCGGGAGAGGAGGCCGAGACAGCUUUUGAGGAUGCCUACAUCAAUUUUUCUCAUUGGAUAUCUAUGGAAGAGUUUAUCUCGCCUCCGGAUGCCAGUGAUUUCGAAGGCGGUACAGCUGAGGAGUUGGAAAGUGCUAGAUGCGAUGCUCAAGAAUGGACUCUGCGACAUUGGCGUCGCGCAAGCGCGGUGCAAUGUUGCCCUCUGCAGCCGCUGGCAGACAAGAUGAUCCCUAUAUAUUUUGACGAUCCCGACCUUGGCCCCGAUUCGAAACGCAUGUCCCAGAUUUUCAUUUCCGACAAAGCGGGGAAGAAUAGCAAUAUAGGAGAUCGAGAUCUUCCCUACAUCGCUCUCCUUCUCAACCUCAACAGGGACCUGGACCCGCAGCUUAGCGCUACAUAUCUGAAGAGGGACCCAAGCGAUUCUGAAACAGGCAGAUGUCUGCGGAUCUACGCCUCUGGAAUGAGCGACACCACGUUUCCAUUCUUGCAUCGACAUCCUGACGUUGCAGAAAGUUUACGAGGCAUUCUCUCUCGACAGAAUAAAGCACCAUUGCAGACGACCCUCCAAGCUCUCAUCAGAUUCGGGGAUACUGCCAGGAUGCGCAACUUGCAGUGGGAGGCACAAGAAGAGUUGUACUCGGGCCAUUGA